AUGUACGAUGACGAUGACAUCCCACUUGCACCACCACCUGAAAAGAAAGGUUUGUUGCCUAUAUUUUUGAUAUUAGAAAACACUAAAAGCAAUUCAGAAAAGGGUCCUGAUUUUCAAAUGAAGUUCUUCCAGUCACAAGUUGCACAAAAGAAAAAUGCUUUGCAAGCUGCAACAGUAUGUUCAUUUCAGGUUUUCGAAAAGUUAUUAUCAUUUUCAGAAGGGAAAAUUCCCUAUAAAACCUUCAACAUCGGUUUCUCUUCCUGUUAUUGACCUCAGCUCUAAAAACAAAGCUUCUCCAAUUAUUGGGAGCUUUCAACAGCCUCUUCUGAAGCCGAUUCGAGCCUCGCCUCUUACAGAGCCUCUCAGUUUCCUUCCCAAAGCUGCGACCGAUGAUAGCGUGAGCUUGAUACGUUUUUCUUUCGAAUCUUCGUAUUUCAGUUUGUGCUAUUUGGUGAGAUCACCGUUCAAAACGAAUAUCAACUUGCUUGCCCUAACGACUACGAGAAACUGUCAAAAGAGAUGAAAGAGAGGAAAGCCAAGGAGAAAAUGGCAAAACAAGUAGCCAAGAGGUAAAUGUGCGCUAUUAAAAGCUCAGCUUGAAGCUUUUACAUUCAAGAUUAGCCAAGGAACACAAGGAAGAAGAAUCGAAGCGAGGUAGAGGUGCUGCAAUCGCUCCGCCAACCGCUUUGUUGGAACCUGAACCUGUUUUUGAAGAGCCCAAGGUAUUUUUUCUUGUUAGAAAACUAUUCUUUCUGUAAAAAAAGAAGAAUACAAAUGUUUGAACUAAUCUGAACGAUGUUUUCUGAAAUUUAAGAAAAGUUCGCUGCGAAGUGACGGCAGAAGUUUCCGUUUUUUUUUCUGGGCGUCCAGUCUAGUUCAGUUUUGUAAUUCAAUUCAUAAAAAAGGUAAUUUUUCAUGGCGGUCGGAAAUUUUUGAGAAUUUGGCAGAACACAAUUUUCAUAUGCUUCCGGUUUCAGUUUCCGGGUUUUUUCUUUCAUUUUUUAUACUCGGGACUCUGAAUUCUGUAAAUUUGUAGCCAGUUUCAAUGCCACCGCCGAAAUUCCUUCCGGCGUUUGGAAAAGCGACGAGUAAAGGACUGGGCAUCGCGGCGAACAUCAUGAGCAAGUACGGCUACAAGGAGGGCCAAGGCUUGGGCCGAUCCGAACAAGGGAUCAGUACGGCCCUCAAGGUCGAACGCACCGGGAAACAAGGCGGAGUUAUAGUCGCCGAACAGAAAAAAGGUAAAACUUGUUCGAAAAUAUGACUCUUGAGAGAAAUAAUCUUUUUUUUUUGAAAAUGUUCAUCGCUUUUGCGAUUAUGAUUAAUGUUUUUAUUUUAUUUUUUUAAUUAAAAACGAAAAUUUCAAGAUUUUCAUGUUUGCGAUAACCUUGAUAGGAGCUUUUGAUUUCUCUCACAACUUGAAACAAGUCAUUUUGAUGUGAUAUAAGAUCCACUCCAGUAAAAACCAAAUCGCUUACAGAAGAAGGGCCAACAACCUCUAUCAGUAUGACAGAAGCGAUGAAGAACUCGACAAAAGUUGUCUUAUUAACUGUUAGUUUUUUUUAUUCUUUUCGAUGUAACUCAUCUUUUCAGAACAUGAUCGGAUUGGAAGAACUAGACAGCGAAUUUGAGGAAGAAGUCAAGGAAGAAAUGGGAAAGUAUGGACAGGUGGUCGCCGUAGUUAUCCACAAGGUUUUCUAAAAAAGAAACCAUCUACAAUUUCAAAGUAUUGCUUUAAGCGAGAAUCGCAGCCUCCUGAGGAACAAGUUCGCGUCUUCGUCGAGUUCACCAACGUCGCGCAGGCCAUAAAGGCGUUCGUCGUGAUGAACGGCCGAUUUUUCGCUGGCAGAGCUGUCGUCGCUUCCUUUUAUAACUUUGAUUCUUACAGUUCACAAAACUAUGACCUCUAACUUUUUUAUUUUUUCACUUUUUCGUUAUGAUUGUUAUUGUGGCGCUUUCAAAACGUCAGUGACCGUGAACCUGCUUUUUGUUAGAUCAAAAAAAAUGACGAAUUUUCGAAAUAUAGGAUUUUUCAAUAAGUUUUAAAGGGAUAUUCACAUUAAAAUAGAUUCAUCACAAGCGUAGGGAAGUUUAAAAAAUCGAUCAAGAUGGUACCUCUGUGCUUCAUAGAUUUUCCAUCUCAAAUUCACUAAUUUUGUCUUGAGUUUAACCAUAAUGGCAUCAAUCCUGAGCAUGUUUAAAUCUCUCAAUCCAGCGGUGAAUCAUUUAUAACAUUACCUUAUGGUUACCAGAGGCUUUGAAGGAAAUCUUGGACCAUCCAAAGUAUGCUUUUCUUCCUUUUUAGAUAGUGAAAAAGUUAUUCAAUCUACUCCCAGUGAUAAUAAUAACUCCAGUCUUUUUCAAAUCAAGAAAAAUGUUAUAAUCAUAUUCUGAAGUUCUGAGAAACUGCGACGUCAUCCUACGUGUAUUUCUGUAAUUUAUUUUCUGAAUCAUGAAUUUUUUGAAAAAUAAAAUAGAAAAACUGAAAGGACCACUGUAUCGCAUCCGAUCUUUAUCAAUCCAGGCUACACUAUAGUCGAUUCCUCGUCUCAAAUGCCUUUUCUGACGCAAUAAUUCGAUUUCUGUAAGUAUUAUGGCUUGUCAGACUUUACGAAUAGACCAAAUCGAUGCCAACAUUUUGGACGAUGAGAUCGAAAAUAUUGCUCAAACUUCAAUCGAUGACGUCAUCAGCUCUUUGCCGGUCCACGCCGCACGCUACUUUGAGAUGGUUUGAAGUAAUAAAAGAGACCGAAAACAUAUUUUUUCAGGUUCGUCCGGAAAUCCGACUGACAAUGAAUGCUUUGUUAUGGUCACAUCGGGUCUACAAAGGUUUUUGAAAAGGAAAAUAAAAAUAAUUCCACAGUGAAAAAUCAUUUUUUUGAAACAAGAAAGAAAAAGUUCUACAAGAUUACCAAAAAAAUAUCUUCAAUUAUUUUAUUAUAUAGGAUGUUCUCCGGGUCAGGAAAUAAUGGAUAUUGCGUACAAAAACUACACACAGAAGAAAAUUUUCGCUCACUUCUGCUGCUCCGUCUUUUUGCCCUAUAUGGCUAGAAGGCUUCCCGAAAUGACGUCGUCCGUCCAAUGGAGCAAACUGGUCACUAAAUUUGAAGCCGUUUUGGAGGUUCUUUUUUUGUUUUAAAUAAUUAGGUGAAUUAACUUGCAACUUCCCCAAAAGCUUUUUGAAGUUUUAAAGGAGUGUUUUCCGUUUAAUGUGUUCGAUUGAAGAAAGUUUGCACUCUCAGUUAAACCAGAAACUCGUAGUUAAACUUGCGAAUGAGAAAAAAAUGCGGGUAAAUGACAACCAACAGCCGAAAAACCGUUCGAACUAUUUCAGGCGAUCAGCAUCCUCCACAGUUUGUACUUUGUUCGAUUUGGCGGUCAUUCGACGUUCGUCGAACAACUUCUGGGACUUCGAAAUUGGAACAACAAUUUCGCCUUCUAUUGGUUUGUUUUCAGAUAA